AUGGCUGGAGAUUAUUGGUUGCGAUUAUUUAGGAAGCGAUACCAAAGGAAAUUGUCUUUAAGAAAGCCUGAAGCUACUAGUUUGGCUCGCUCUUCGGCGUUUAACAAACAUACUGUGAGUUUAACAUAUGACAAUUUUAAGAAAGUUCUGUCUCAAUGUCCAUCUGACAUAAAAGCCACUGAUAUUUGGAAUUUAGAUGAAACUGGAUUGUCCACUGUCCAUGUUCCUCCAAAGAUACUAGCACCUCUUGGAAUGAAGCAAGUUGGGUCAAUGACUAGCACUGAAAGAGGAACGACGGUUACAAUGAUAGCAGCUAUUAAUGCAGGUGGUGGUUUUAUUCCACCCAUGCUGAUAUUCCCUCGUGUAAACUUUAAAGAUUUUAUGAUAACUGGUGCUCCUCAAGGCAGUAUUGGAGUUACCAAUCCAUCCGGUUGGUCAAACGAGUCCAUGUUUGUGAAAUUUCUCCAGCAUUUUAUCAAAUAUGCAAAGCCUACCAUAGAACAGCCGGUCAUUCUCAUAAUGGACAACCAUGAAAGUCAUAUUUCAGUACCCGCAAUACAAAAAGCCAAAGAUAAUGGUGUAAAGCUUAUUACUCUAGAUCCACAUACUAGUAAUCAUAUGCAACCAUUAGACAAGACAGUUUUUGGGCCUUUCAAGACUUAUUUUAAUACAGCAGCUAAUGAGUUACUAAUGUCUCCAGGUCGUGGGGUAAAACCAUUAACUAUAUAUGAUAUUGCUGGCUUUGUGGGAAAAGCUUUUCCUCUUGCCUUCACAUCUAACAAUAUUUGUAAAGGUUUUACCUUUUUUGUUUGA